AAUAUGCUCAUGUUAGUGUGAGUAUGUUUUAGAUGGGUGAGUCCAAAGUGGCAAAUCUGCCAGGAUUGUCGCAUCCACAUCUUAUGUAUGUAUCACUCACUCAUUGUCGCCCACAUCUUUGAGAAUCUUAAGCACCACGUACUUGAAUAUUCAUAUGGAGAUGUUCAGUUUCGAGCUUAGACACAAAAACUACGUAACUAUCAACACAGUAUCAGUGGGUAUUCAACAUGAAAGUCGCAGUAUUCAGCUUUCAAGAGUAUGAAAGGACCGCCCUUGAGCGGUUCAACCAAAGGUUUCAAUAUGAGUUGGUCUACUUCUCGGCGCCCCUUUCAACCGAGACUGUUUCGCUAGCAGCUGGCAGCGUUGCCGUCUCCACGUUUGUCAGUGACCAUGUUGAUGCUGAAGUGUUGGAAGUAUUGGCAGAUGCAGGAAUCAAACUGGUCGCUCUGCGCUGUGCUGGCCACGAUAGCGUGGAUUUACAGGCGGCAUCAGAAAACCACAUUACUGUCAUGCGAGUCCCAGCCUACUCAUCCUACGCGAUUGCGGAAUACACCAUUGGCAUACUCUUGACUCUCAAUCGCAAUAUCCACAAGGCUUCAACCCGUGUGCGGACUGGCAAUUUUGAUCUGAACGGCCUUGUUGGAAGUAAUAUAUACGGGAAAACAGUGGGCAUAAUCGGCACGGGGCGUAUCGGGGCCGCGGUAGCCACAACAUUGAAACUUGGAUUCGGUUGCCGUGUCAUUGCAAAUGAUCUCGAUGCACAUCUUGAACUGGAAAAGAUCGGAGUGGACUAUGUGGACCAGGACACGCUUUUUCGUUCAUCCGACUUCAUUUGCCUCCAUUGCCCCCUGACCAAGCAAACGAGGCAUAUCAUAAACCCAGAGAGUCUGCAACUGAUGAAACCGGAGGUCAUCUUAGUCAAUACAAGCAGAGGAGGCUUAAUAGAUACGCCAGCGCUCCUCGAUUCACUCGAAAAUGGCCGAAUUCGCGGCUGCGCACUGGACGUGUACGAGAGGGAAAAUAGCCUGCUCUUCCAGAAAUCCUCAAUGGAAGAGAUCGAUGAUCCGACCCUCAAGCGACUGGUUAGCCUACCAAAUGUGAUUCUUACCGGGCACCAAGCCUUCUUAACGCAGGAAGCCAUCGACGCUAUAGCAGAGACUACGUUGAAGAAUAUACAAAAUUUCUUAGCCGGGAAAGUCGAUGUUAACAGAGCCGUUGAAAAAUAUAAGUGAGGAUUACAGAAACAAAAGCCGCGUAUCGAGAAUUAAGCCAUCCCAUCCAUUAUGAAAGGGGUUAUUAAACUUACUUGGUUUCCCCUUGGUUCUCGAAGAAUAGCAGAGCACCCCGACUGGGAGACGGACCGUUCCUUGCAUCACGGGACUCAGGUGCUCAGCCACAUACCAGACUAGCAAAUUAAUAGAAUCACUGAGAAACGCCGGUUUUCUCUCAUUGUGCGACUUUCUGGCUGAGCGUCUCUCGCCUGAAGGUGGAAUUUUAGGGUUUAGUUACAGUCUAUAUGCAGUGCUUCUAAUCGUCUAGGCAUGGCGCAUUCUACCCUAAUACCGGCCUAAUUCCGCUCUUGUGGUUCUGGUCUGUAGUGCCUACGUUUGGUCUUCGAGCGUCCGUCAGUCAGCUGGAUGGCAAGCGGAGACAGACGGAGAACCGAGGGCGGGAUGGCCAGAGCUCGAUGGAA